CGAGAACCAUCAAAGGCAAUGGACAGGUUUCGUUUAAUCGCUGAAAUACGUAAGAUUGCCAACACAUAGAGAGAUCACGUAUAAAAAUAGCAGAUUUAUGGAGAGAAGUUGCCAGCGGUGUCGGAGCAGAUGUUACAGUGGAGGCUUGCAAGGGUAAAUGGAAACAUUUACGUGAUGCCUAUCGUACUGAGAUGAGACGUUCUCAGCAUCGUAUUGAUAGGGAUAUACGUAAGUGUAAAUAUGAUCCCAAUAAAAAUUACGGCAGCAAGUGGAUGUAUUUUGAGCAUAUGAAAUUUCUUGAGUUGGGCACCAAACCACGUAGCAUUAAAGGCUAUAAAUCAAACGAUAACGAUUCCGAUCAAGGCUCAAAUUUCCAUAACAAUGAAAAUUCUCAGUUAGAUUCUGAAAUUAGCAGCGUCUAUCAUGGUGAUCAACGUAGUAAUAAGUUACAAAUCCAAUGGCCAACACUCUUGGGACCACCGCCCCUAAGAAGAUUCGAUGCUAUAAAACGUAAUGCCUCUCUAAAUGACAGCGAUAAUACAGCAUGUUAUAUUGCAAAACCUAAAAGUACUUACUAUCAAAUAAAUUUCUUAGAAGAUUCGGACAAAGAGGAGCUAUUAAUGAGAUCUACAACAUCGAAUCAUUGUGGCAAUGAAGAUAAAUCCAGUUCCAAUGAUAAUGAAUCCAGCAAACAUUCUCCAUAUCCUCAGUUUCAGGAUGUAGACAAUAUGUGUAUUAAGAUAGAGCCUGAUAUUGAAAUUGAGGCCGACAUAUACCCCAUGGACAACGAGGAGAGUAAUAGCUCUCAUGGCAAACAAUACCGUAAAGAAAAUUCCCUUAAAUCACCGCCAGCUAAGAAACUACGAGUUAUGGACAAGAAUUCAACACCUAAACCAAAAGGUAACAAACCUUCUGAACGCUCUAACUUUUUAAACGAUCACGCAAUAGCAGCAGAAAACUUAUUAAUUCCUACUAGGCCACCCCUAGAUAUUGGCGAUCCCGAUAAUAAUUUUCUCAUUAGUUUUUCGUCACACAUGAAAUCAAUGUCCCAGUUUCAAAAUCUACAAUUUCGCGCCAAAAUGUCCGAUUUAAUAUUGAAUAUUUUAACAACAUCUCUUAACGCUAAUACCUCUAAGCCGCUGGAAAAUAAUAAACAUUUACAUCAGAAAGCUUUGGUUGAGAUACGUGAUCCGGAUUGUAAUUUCUUGAUCAGCUUUUUGCCGUAUGUGAAAUCCAUGUGCCAACUGCAGAAUUUGCAAUUUCGUGCCAAAAUGUCCGAAUUAAUGUUGACUAUUUUGUCCACUUCACUAGCCGCCAACACAUCUGAUUCUACAACGGAGGAUGCUAUCUCGAAUAAUAUUUUAAAUUAGUAUUAUGACUUUAAUAUUUUAAGAAAAUCAUCAAUUGAAAAUAUUAUUAAAAUUUAUGUUUAAUUAAUAAAUAA